AUGAGUUCAAGGGCAUUGAAAAGAUUAGAGAAACAAAGAAACGAAAGCUUAUCGAACGUUGCUAGCCAAGAAGCGUCAGAGAGCGAGGAAAGUGAAUAUGAGUCCAGGCCAAAAACGUCUUUCAAUGCAUUUGCCUUAUUGAAUGGCGAUGAUGAAAGUGAAAACGAGGAAGAAGAACCAAAUAUAGAAAAGAACGAUAAAAAGGAAGAAAAUGAACCCGAGGUUUCGUUGCCUCCCAGGAAUUCAAAAUCGAGUCGAAAGAAGAAGAAGAACAAGAAGCCUGCUAAGAAGCCUGUAGAUAGUGACGAGGAAUUGGAUCAAAUAUUGAUAGAAGCAAAAAAGAAAGACGAAGAAAAGGCCAGAAAAUCAAAGGGUUCUACUGCCAUUAGUGCAGAUGUCGAUGAAGACGAAUAUGACUUUGAAGUUGAAUAUGAUGAAAUCUUGGAACCAGCAUCAAGUUAUGAUUCAAAUUUCAAGCAGUUCACCAUGAAUAGGUUGAAACAAUCAUUACCGUUACUUUCUAUAGGCUCCAUUAGGAAUCUAGACCCUGACCACGAGUUUAGGGGAUUAUUUGGUAAUUUGUCGAUGGAGACUAUCGACGAUGCAAACACAACGACCUCCUUAGCUAUCUCUCCAGAAGUCUUACAACAAUUCAAAAAAUUAGCAAGGCUUACUAGGGGAUGGUGUGGAAAGGACCGCAGGGGAGUUCCAGGUACAACUAGAAAAUUGUUAUUGACAAAAAUCAGAGAUGACUGGUUGCCCACAACGCAGAAACCAAUGAGUAUGGAAGAAUUAAGAUUUAAUGAAAUCAUCAAUUACUUAGAUUAUAAAGAAGACACAGCCGAUUUCGAAGAUUUGGAAUUUAAAUUAAAGAAAGAAUUAUCUUUGGGUGUGAAAUAUUUCAGAUUCAACAAAAUCAACACAACUCAAGAGCGGGUAGCUAAUUCUAGAUUCUAUGCAUCAGUGGUAAUGACGCCAGACCCUGAAUCAUUAAUGCAUUUGUUACAACAGUAUCCUUACCACGCAGAAACAUUGCUACAAGUCGCGAUGAUUUUGUUGAGACAGGGAAGUGAUAAAUCAACUAGUAAUGCCUUAAUUGAAAAAUGUCUUUUCGUUUUUGACAGAACUUUCCAUAAAAACUUUCAUGAAUUGUUAAAUGAGGGCAAAAAUGGAUUGAUACGUUUGCCUUAUGAAUCAUUUUUAAACAGACAAUUUUAUUUAUGUUUGUUCAGAUAUAUUAUGAAUUUGGGUGAACGGUCAACAUUUUUAACUGCUCUUUCAUAUUGUAAAUUUUUAUUGUCAUUAUCCCCAGCAGACGAUCCAUUAGGUGUCAGGUAUUUCUUGGAUUAUUAUUCAAUUAUGAGCGAGGAAUAUGAAUAUUUGAUUAGGUUUACUAAAUCUCCUCUUGCUACGACAUACGAAAAAUGGUUAACUCCUGGCUUAGCAUUCUCUACAGUGUUGGCAUAUUUGAAUUUGGAUGAUGUUGAAAAUGCCAAAUCUCUGUUGAAAGUUGCAUACCAAAGAUACCCAUAUGCCUCCUAUAAGUUGUUAGAAAUAAUUGGUUUAUCUCACGACAUACCUAUUAAAGAACAUGAAAUUCCAAUCAACGAUGAAAUGGUAUUAGCGGCUGAGACAUACUUGGUUAGAGCCGGAAUAAUGUGGAACGAUCAAUCCAAGAGGCAAUUUUUACAUGAUGAAUUGCUCAGAUUGUUUCAAGAAGAGAAGAUCAACUCGUCAAAAGGAUCUAUAACAUCGUCAAUUUAUGGCCUUUUCACAAGUUUUCAAAAAUCAGAUACACCAAAUAAAGAAAUACCAUUCAACUUGAUUAGAUUUGCAAUAUUAUCUGGUGAAAAUAAGAUUAUGGCCAAAGUUCCAGAAUCAGUUUGGGCAAGAGAUGAUGUUUAUGAAUAUGAUGUUUUACCACCUCAAAAUGAUACCGUUAAAUACAACGAGUUUACUGGUGUCAACACAAAGCAAGACCAAGUUGUGGAUUCCUUGUUGACCUACGUCGAUCAAAAUGUUAUUGGUUCAAUCAUACAAAAUCAAACCGAAGAAGAUGAUUUCACUGAGGUUUUGAGACAAUUGCAGCUACAAGAAACUCAACAAGAUCAGCCUCAAGAAGAAGACCAAGAUUAG